GCAAUAAUGAAUAACAUUAAUAAUACAGUAAUGAUAAAUAUCUUGCGAACAACAAUAGUCAACUUAAAGAUAUAUUUAUAUCAUUAUAGUUAUAAUUAUAAUAAUUAUCAUCAUCAUCAAUAUCAUCAUUCUACUAUAUGAAAGUGUAUCGAAAAAAAAUACUUCAGACCCGGCAGCCUCCCCGUAAUGAAGAUGGGAUGCUGAGGAAAAUAGAGCAUGACAGACAGACGAAUUACUACAUACAUUUAUAAUCACAAACAGGUAUUCAAACUUCAAUAUUUAAUCCGUGUCAUUUAAAACCCAGUUUCUGCUCUUAUAUGCUAAAACUUUUGGAGAAGCGCAAAUGAAAUAUAAGGAACAUUUUUCUACAACGCUGGCAAUUGAAUUACAUAAGCUCAUUUUCAAUUCAAAUUGUACUUCCCUUAGUGUUUUUUUUUUUUUUAGUUUUGUUACUACUGUUGAAUUAUCGACGGCAGUUAUUUCACAUGAACAUUCAUUCAUGGACCAGCUGAUUUUAACGACUCAUAAAAGGCACGCUGGCAACUAUAUUCCGCUUCCGGAGCAAACAGACAAGCGCUGUGUGACCGACUCCUUUGAGGGACAAGUGGAGGGCCCUCGUUAACGGUGGGGCCUGGGAGGUCGUGCAUCUGCGGCAUAUAUGACUCCACAAAUAAGCUGACUUUCACUUUGCUGAUCUGGAUAGUGUUGGGAAGAUGACAGAGGCCAGGCCACCGCUCUUGCCUUUGUCACAGCAUCGUCAGGAUGAUCCAUCAUCACUCAAACGCCCUCUCGCUCUUGAAGGAGGGCACUUCACUCCGCCAAGGAAAAAGAGGAAAUUAUACCGUCCACACGCAGGGGCUAUCUUGGGCAGAGCAGCAGCCAGGUGGUUCAAGAGUGCAAGGAACACCUGCGAAUCCAAGGCCUGCCAAACGCCCGUAGUGUCCAUUCCGCGCCUUCCUGUGGGCUGCCGAUCCUUCCCUGUGCCCUGGGGAAGGAAGCAACGCACCGCGUCUUCGGGAACUCAGACCUGCGCGAGUGAUUAUCUUUCAAGGAAGACCUCGCACCUGACCGAGCUCUUCGAGAAGCACGAAGAGAAGGUAAGAUGUUCUUUUAACAACGAAUAUGUAAAUAUAUAUAGGAAAUGGUCAAGUGAUUUUAUACCUUUGGAGAGCGAGGGCGUGACGGUGUGUGAGCAGACGGAGGGCGGGCGCACCGUAGCGACCAACACGCGCCACGUCGGGUGGCGGAGCUCCGCGCAGCGCUCCCGCCGAAGGCAAAGCUGGCUGAGGGCGGCCCGCGGGUGGUCACGCGCCGGCAGGAGGACAGACGCCUCCACGCAGACGGAGGAAAGGCAGAUUGAACAAUAAACAUGACAUUUUA